AUCGACGUGACGUUUCUAUUUUCUCGUCAGUUUGCAACACUGUAACAAAACUGUUGUGGAUAAUACUUGCUAAUUUUACAAAUUCCAGCACUAGAUUGAAUCUUGCAACACUUCUAAAUGAGCCAAACAACUUAGAGAAAUAUAAAUAAAUAAAUUUAUAAAUAAAAAAGAUGAAUAGCUGCUGCAUUUGUCAGUUUUCUGUACGAAAUCCAAAAGAUAUACACACGGAAACACUCGGUAAGCCGCCCAUAUUGCUCAGCGACCUGGUGCUGCAGUGUACCAAAGGCACGAACUAUGUGCUUGGCGAGAACACCUUAAUAUGCAAAAAAUGCUAUGAGAAGCUCUCACGCUAUCACAAAUCCUUACAAAUUGCGCGAAAACAGCGCCAGGAGAUUUUGGAUCUUAUACGCGCGUCAUACAUAGUAAAAGAUGCGCAACUAAAAGAUGAGGAUGAGGAUAAAGAAGAAAACGGCCAUAUGACCGUUGAGUUGGUGGAAGCUGUAAAUGUUGCUGACCUAGAAGAAGCCUGCAAUCCAACAAUUGUGGAUCUUUCCGGAGCCGUACAUGCCUUAGAAGUUGUAGAGGAGGAAGAGGUGGAGGAGGAACCAGAAAUGCAAGAAUACUUGGAAAAGGGUUCAGAUGACGAUGAAUUGGAGUUUCAGUCAGUUAAUUUGGAGCUAGACAUUGAGAAUGAGAUCAUUAUCAAUGAAGAAGCGCCUGAAGCGGAUAUUGAGAGCGAGGACAAGGAAACAAACCCUGAACUGGACAGGGAUAUGCUCAGUGAAUAUGAGGAUCAAACUGAUGGCACCAUAGAAUAUCUCAUAUCGGAGGUUGACGAUCAGGACAGCUCCGGUGAUUACACAGUAAAUAUACAAUGCCCCAGCUGUCCAGAGCAGUUCAGCAGUCGUCGUGCCUAUAAUGCUCAUACCAAACGUGAACACUUUCCCGGCUAUGUAUGCGAUCAAUGCGGGAAAACGCUACAAUCCUAUUCGGGCUUUAUAGGACAUCUGCAAAACCAUGAGCCGGUUAAGCAGUUUGAGUGCCCGCAUUGCGGCGAACGUUUCAGUCGCAAAUUUCGACUCAAGCAUCACAUGGCCUGGCAUACUGGCGAAACGCCCUACCAGUGUGAUGUCUGCUCCAAGCGAUUUGUGCAUAAAGUGGCGCUCUAUAAGCACAAAAUGAUACACGACACUGAGUCCAAGCGUCUGGAGUGUCAAGUGUGCGGCUUUAAGACGCGCACCAAGGCACAUCUGGACCGGCACUCACGUUCUCACACCGGCGCCAAGCCCUUUGCCUGUCCUGUAUGCAACAAGCGUUUCUCCCAAAUGUACAAUAUGAAGGCGCAUCUGCGGGAGCACGAGAAUCCUGGCAGCACUCGACAUCGGCGCUUUCACUGCACAAAAUGUACGCACACCUUCAUCAACGAGCAAAACUAUGCGAGCCACUGUGAGCGGAAUGAUUGUACGCCAGUCUAAAGUAAUUACUAAUAUACU